UUAUUUAUUUACUAUUCUUGGAUUUUCAAGUCUUAUUUAGUUUACAGAGUUUUAAGUGAGUCAUUUAUUAUUGUUUCUCUGAUAUUUGUAGGUUGUAGCCACAUUCUUAUUUUUUGGGAGUGGCGUCCUUUUAUUGAUUGAAAUAAUUUUACUUCAAUAUUAGUUGGUCCUAGCCUCAAUUCAUUCCCCGACAUUAGUAAUAGCCAAUCUACUUAAGUUAUUGAUCCACCUUAAGUGACCUUGAUAUUUAACUAGUAUUUAAAACAACGAAAUGGCUAAAGCCCCAGCAGUAGGUAUUGAUUUAGGAACCACUUAUUCUUGUGUUGGAGUUUUCCAACAUGGCAAAGUUGAAAUUAUUGCCAAUGAUCAGGGAAAUAGGACAACACCUAGUUAUGUUGCCUUCACAGACACAGAGCGUCUCAUUGGAGAUGCUGCCAAAAAUCAAGUCGCGAUGAAUCCUAAUAACACAAUUUUCGAUGCCAAACGGUUAAUUGGUAGGAGGUUUGAUGAUCACACUGUACAGUCUGACAUGAAACAUUGGCCGUUUGAGGUAGUUAGUGAUGGAGGAAAACCAAAAAUUAGAGUUGCAUACAAAGGAGAAAACAAGACCUUCUUCCCUGAAGAAAUUUCAUCUAUGGUUCUUACCAAGAUGAAGGAAACAGCUGAAGCUUACCUUGGAAAGACUGUUACAAACGCUGUAGUCACAGUACCUGCUUACUUCAAUGAUUCCCAAAGACAAGCCACAAAAGAUGCCGGAACCAUUUCUGGACUAAACGUACUCCGUAUUAUCAAUGAGCCAACAGCUGCUGCCAUCGCCUAUGGUCUGGACAAGAAGGUGUGUGGAUCUGGGGAGAGAAAUGUUCUCAUUUUUGAUCUUGGUGGUGGUACCUUCGAUGUUUCCAUUUUGACUAUUGAAGAUGGUAUAUUUGAAGUCAAGUCAACGGCAGGAGAUACUCAUUUAGGAGGUGAAGAUUUUGAUAAUAGGAUGGUCAAUCACUUUGUCCAGGAAUUCAAGCGGAAAUAUAAGAAAGAUCUUACUCAAAAUAAGAGGGCUCUUCGAAGGCUAAGAACAGCUUGUGAAAGGGCAAAGAGAACUCUGUCAUCCUCUACUCAAGCUAGUAUUGAGAUCGAUUCUCUCUUUGAGGGAACUGAUUUCUAUACAUCUAUCACCAGGGCCCGGUUUGAAGAACUUAAUGCUGAUUUAUUUAGAUCUACCAUGGAACCAGUUGAAAAGUCCCUUAGAGAUGCCAAGAUGGACAAAGCCCAAAUCCAUGACAUUGUUUUAGUCGGUGGUUCUACUCGUAUUCCAAAAGUACAAAAACUUCUUCAAGACUUCUUCAAUGGCAAGGAGCUCAAUAAGUCUAUUAACCCAGAUGAAGCCGUUGCUUAUGGUGCUGCUGUUCAAGCUGCUAUUUUGCACGGUGAUAAGUCCGAAGAAGUACAAGAUCUGCUUCUGCUGGACGUUACUCCAUUAUCACUUGGUAUUGAAACUGCAGGAGGUGUCAUGACUGCUCUCAUCAAAAGAAAUACAACUAUACCUACCAAGCAAACUCAAACAUUCACCACUUAUUCUGAUAACCAGCCUGGAGUACUUAUUCAGGUUUAUGAAGGUGAGAGGGCUAUGACAAAGGAUAAUAAUUUACUUGGAAAAUUCGAAUUAACUGGCAUUCCACCUGCACCUCGAGGUGUUCCACAAAUUGAGGUGACAUUUGACAUUGACGCUAAUGGUAUUCUUAAUGUAACAGCUAUUGAAAAAUCUACUGGCAAAGAGAACAAAAUCACUAUCACCAAUGAUAAAGGACGUCUCUCUAAGGAAGAAAUUGAGAGAAUGGUUAAUGAUGCCGAGAAAUACAAGGCUGAAGAUGAUAAGCAGAAAGCUGUCAUUCAAGCUAAGAACACUCUGGAGUCCUAUUGUUUCAAUAUGAAAUCUACUGUAGAGGAUGAAAAACUGAAAGACAAAAUUUCCGAUUCUGAUAAAACUACAAUUUUGGAGAAAUGUAAUGAAGUUAUUCGCUGGCUCGAUGCUAAUCAGUUAGCUGAAAAAGAAGAAUUCGAACAUAAGCAAAAGGAAUUGGAAGCCAUAUGCAAUCCUAUUAUUACUAAAUUGUACCAAAGUGGUGGUAUGCCCGGAGGAAUGCCAGGUGGUAUGCCUGGUGGUUUCCCAGGCGGUGCCCCUCCUAAUGCUGGUGGUGCUGCUGGACCUACCAUUGAAGAAGUUGAUUAAACAUUCCAUGCAAAUAAACACACAAAUAAUACAUUGUAUAAUUAAUACUAGUUGAAUUGCAAUUUUUUUUUCCUUUCUAGUCAAGAGACCUUCAAAUGGCCUUGUAUUUUUGUUUAAAAAUUUAAUGUUAAUAAUGUAACUUUUACAAGUAUUUUGUUUAUUUAUAAUUUUUUUAUAUGUUCUGUCAUUGGUAUCAAUGAAUUAUAUUAGAGUUACUAUUAACUAAUGUUUUUAAAUAAAAAUAUAGCCUGUAGAGGAAUACUUGAUGUAAAUGUAUACAGUAUUAAAUGAGCCAUAUAAUUUUUAUUUAAAUUCCAUUUUUUUAAUUUAUAUAUUGAUAAAUUGCAUUUUGUGUGUUAUACUUGCCUCAUUGAAUUUAUGUUAAUGAAUAUUUUUUAUAGUUAAAAAAAAAGGCUGAUUCCAAUUUAAGUUUUAUUUUGAAGAAGAAUUUUGUACCCUUGUUUGAUAAAUCUUGUGAAUCUUGUUAUGGUUAAACAUCUUUUGGUAACCACCCUUUGGUUGUAUUCAAAAUUGUGAAUGAAACAUUUUCGGCACAAAAUUAAUAAAAUUAAUUAUUCCGCAAUAUGUUUUAUUGUUUUUCCUGUUCCUUAUUUUUCCCAGUGAACUCUUGUAACAUAAGGUGUAUGUGAAAUAAAUAAAAAUAGUGUUAACAUCUAAGUAUAAUAUUUGAAACAACUACCUCACAAAAAAAUAUUGAUUCAGAAUAUGAAAAGAUUGUUAUGGAUAUCGAGAAAUUCUGUUCAGGUCUAGAUUUGAUUUGUUCACCUAUCAAUCUAAAGUUGGCCUUGAAUAAUCAUCUUAAUCUUAACUAUGGUAUAAGGUCGGGAGUGGAGGCUAAGGCCAGCCGCAAAUUGAGCGCAGGGCAGGCACAGCACAGGGGGUAGUAGAGGUUCAACAGGACCC